AGCUAACAGGAUUACAAUGUUCCACUGGCGGAGCAGACACUUUAAAUAGAUCAAGCUGACUCUGUCGGUGCUUCAGGACUGCAGAAGAAUCAGCAUUUGAAAACUGAGAAGUAUUUUAACCACAUUGCUGCGUCUUCCCCAGAUCUGUAGAAAUGGCUGAGGUUUUCAAAGGCCUGAACCUUCUUGAUACCCUCAAAGAGUCCAUAGACAAUAAUAAGUUAUCAGAUGUCAAGGAUGCAGUGGAAGAUCUCCUGAUCAGUCGAAUCAACUUAGCUGUGCUGGGGGACCGUGAGGAUGGAAAAGCCACUUUCAUAAACUCCCUCAGCGGCCUCAGUCCUGGGGAUGAAGGAGCAGCUCCAUCUCCAUCCCCUGUCGCCCCGGAGGAAUUGGCAAGCUACCCGAACCCUAAGCACCCUGAUUUCCGUCUGUGGGAUCUACCAGCUGUCCCUUCAACCUCUCCAUUUGAACCUGAGGGAUACAUGGAAAGAGUAAAGUUCCUCCGUUACAAUGCCGUCUUCAUGACAUUCACAAAGACGCCCCAACCUAACUCUGUGAAGGUGUUCCUGGAGGCCCGUUCACUACAGCGACAAACUGUGUAUUUUAUUCUCCUAGCUACAGAGAAAGACACAGAAAAAAGCUUAGAAGAAAACAGAAAAGCCGGUGUGGAGGUGCUGAAAUCACAAGGUGUUGCUCAGCCUAAAGUCUACAGGGUAAGACCCUCUACCUUGGAGAAGUUCGACUUCCCUGGCCUGUUGGAGGACAUGGGACGAGAACUCCCAGAAAUCCGAGCCCACGCCCUUCUCUUGGCUCUCCCAACGCUAACCUCCACAUUGGUCACUCAGAAAAAGGAUGCAUUCAAAGCACUUGUAUGGGCAGCUGCAUCGCUUUCUGGUGGGGUGUCAGCUAUUCCUGUUCCCUUUGUGGCCUCCAUGGUGGACUCAAGUGUAGCAAUGCGGAUUCUAACAAAAGCACAAUUAUCUCUGUGUCUGGACAAUGAAUCGGUCGAGCGCCUGGCCCGACAGCGAGGUAUCGAACCCACACGACUUAAGGGGCUGCGGACUUGUGAACUGUCAGUGGAGGUCACAAAAGGUGAAGUGAAAAGGCGUCUAGCAGCGGCAGAAAAGGACUUGGCCACAGUUUCUUCAAAGUUUGUGGAGAUGGCAAUGCCGAGACAUGCCCGUUCUGUCAGCCGCUCCUUUGCUGCCAUGCUGCAGGCCCUAAAUGGCGCAAUUGAUGAAAUGGCGACUGAUGCUGACAAGAUAGUGUCUGCUGCGGCUUUUGGGGAGGAGAAGUAAAUUGAACUUUUUUUUCACUGUUUCCUGUUUAUGCACAGUUCAUCUUUACUUUAAUGUUUUGGGUAAUACAAAGUGCAACAAUACAAAACAA